UUUUCACCAAUGAGCAGCUUAAGCAGCUCUGUCACGGGCAUUAAUAUUAUGCUUCAAAACAAUGCACCCCCCCUUCUUCGGGUCUCGUUCCCUCACAAAUGCCUUUCUUUCUUCCAUAAGAGUAUUAUCCAAAGAUUUCUCAUGUGCCCAAAGCAGUUCUGUAUUACAAGCACCUCUUCUGCUAAGGCCCUCAGUGAACAGGUUCAACAAACCAGCACAAUGCUUCAAUAAGACCCUACAUCAUUGUGAAAUCGAGGAGGGAUUUGAUUGUGGGAAUUCCUGAAAACAUCAGAUUUGAAAGGUUUCCAUGUCAGUACGUAUUAACAUUUGCUCAACAUGUUUUUUCAGCCAGCACGAUCUCCUCCAGGUGACCAAAAACCCACUUCUAAUCCUGGAAGCAGCAUGGAUACACAGUAUGUCUACGACCUUUUAGGGGAAAAUGCUUGGUUGUACAUCAGUGCCACCUUUGUGGUGCUGUGGAUUCUUGUGUGGCUGUACAGAGACAGCCUAGAGAUUGAGAACAUCACUGACAAGUACGUCUUUGUGACCGGCUGCGACUCUGGGUUUGGAAACUUGCUGUGUAAGAAGCUCGAUCGAAAAGGUUUCCGUGUGCUGGCUGGCUGUCUCACAGAAAAGGGAGCUGAUGAUCUGAAGCGGGUGGCAGGGCCUUAUUUGAAGACUGUCCUGCUGGAUGUGACCAAUCAGGACAGCAUCCAGAAAGCCAUGGAGUAUACCAAGGAGGUGGUUGGCGAUAAGGGGCUUUGGGGUAUUGUGAACAAUGCUGGACGCUCAUUACCCAUGGGCCCUUCAGAGUGGAUGAAAGUGGAGGAUUUCCACAGUACACUGAAAGUCAACAUGAAUGGAGUGAUCGCCAUGACGAUGACUUUCCUGCCUCUCAUCAAAAAGGCCCGAGGCCGCAUUGUAAACGUAGCAUCAGUACUCGGUAGAGUGGCUGCAAACGGUGGUGGAUACUGCAUCUCCAAGUUUGCAGUGGAGUCUUUCUCUGACUGCCUCAGGAGAGAUAUAAACUACUUUGGAGUCAAUGUAUGCAUCAUUGAGCCGGGGUUUUUCAAGACUGCAGUGACGAGCCUCGACCCCCUCGAGAGGGAGCUGCAUCGCUUGUGGAACCAGCUCAGCCCUGAAGUCCAAGCCAGCUAUGGAGACAAGUACCUUGAUAAGUACAUCAAGGUCCAGCGGUUGAUCAUGAAUGCUAUCUGUGACUCUGACCUGACCAAGGUGACCAGCUGCAUGGAGCAUGCUCUGACAGCGGCCUACCCACGCAGCAGAUACAGCGCCGGCUGGGAUGCCAAGCUUAUCUGGAUCCCCCUCUCUUACAUGCCUUCCUGUGUGGUUGAUAUUGGCCUGAAGCUGGUGCUGCCUCGUCCUUCAAAGAGUGUGUAACUCGUGAUGACUUUGAAGAAAUGUCUUCAAAGUCAUAAGCCUUUUCUAUGUCAUUUUAUGUCAUUUUGUGUCAUUUUGACGCAGUACAGAGGCUGAAUUAAAAAAAAAAAUAUAUAUUGUGCCUUUCAAAAUACCCAUAUUCUUUAUCUGCACUGGCAAUGCAAUGAUCUGAUGUUGCAGUUAUUAUUAUAUUUAUAUGUGCAUGAUCUGCCAUGUAAAAGUAUUUUUCCCUUUGUAAUGUCUGCUUGAUAGACAAUAUGAAAGCAAAUAAUGAAAGUGUACAGUAAAAUUUACUGUAUAAAUAUUUUGUUUGUUAACACUAUGCAGUGCCUUUUGACACUGAUAUUUAUGAAUGCUGUUAA